AUGUGGGAGAAGCCAGUCCUCGAAUUCGAGGGCUGCGGGGCGUGUGCGGCUCGCAGGGGCCUGCCGUGCGCCCUCCGCAGCCCCCGCGCGCGGCCCCUGCAGCACCGACGCUCGCUGAGGGCGCGCGCAGAGCGUGAGAGUGUAGGCAGCAGCGCGUCAGGUGCCCCGGCCGGGGCGUUCGACGAGGGAACGAAGGGACAAGUCAGGCAAAAUCUGUUCAACACGAUCGCCCCCGAGUACGACCGCCUGAACGACCUGCUGUCGCUCGGGCAGCACCGCAUCUGGAAGCGCAUGGCGGUGCAGUGGGCGCGGGCCGCCCCCGGGCACAGAGCACUUGACGUAUGCACCGGCAGCGGGGACCUCGCGUUCCUGCUCGCCAAGGCAGUGGGCCGGCAGGGCAGCGUGGACGCGGUGGACUUCGCGCCGAACAUCCUCGCGGAGGCUGCGGCGCGCCAGCGAGCGCUGCCGCCGAUCAGCCGCCUGAGCACGCCGAUGCGGUGGAUCGAGGGCGACGCGAUGGCGCUGCCGUUCCCGGACGAGACGUUCGACUGCGCCACGAUCGGAUACGGCCUGCGCAACGUGUCGGACCCGCAGAAGGCGCUGUGCGAGUUGCGGCGCGUGGUGCGCCCGGGGGCGUGGGUGUCGGUGCUGGACUUCAACAACGCGCGGGACAACCCCCCCGUGCAGUCCGUGCAAGCCUUCUUCCUGGAGCGCCUCGUGGUGCCCGCAGCGACGGCGGUGGGGCUGCGGGCCGAGUACGAGUAUCUGAAGCCUUCGAUCGACGCGUUCCCAACGGGGCGCGAGCAGGAGGCGAUGGCGCGGAGGGCGGGGUUCCGGUCCGCGCGGCACUACCCGAUCAUGGGCGGGCUGAUGGGGUGCCUCGUGGCGCAGCGGUGA